AUGCCCGAUCCAUCAAACGGCUUCGGUGGUCCUCCAGCUCCAUCACCACUCCAUGAUCCAUUCGCAGGCAAAGUGUUUGAGGUCAACACUCUUGUGUAUUGGACUAACCCCACAAACUUAAUUUGGAUACGCUCGGUACCUGUCUCGAUCCGCGCCACCAUUUUGAAGAAGCAUGAAAACCCCGUUAUUCCUGCAUCUUCUUCUACAUAUGUUGGUCAAGCACGGAGAAUUGCCGACGCGAAAGUGGACGAUGUGGAUGACUGGUAUGAUAUCAUGUUAUUUAAUGGCGCUACAAAGUAUAGAGUCAAUGGCAAAGAGUUAAGCUGGCGUCCAGUAUCGGAAGGGUUGGAAAAUACAUCCAUUUCGCGCCGACCCCAAACUCCUUUCAUGGAAGAACUCUUUUCGCGCUCACCAGGAAUUGGUCCCUCGGCUGUUCCACAAUCUGCGCAAGCAUUUAAAACAGGCGACAUACUCUUUUGGACCGGCCAUAAAGGAACUACACCUCCUCCCUCGCCACAACCACCAUCAUCUCCCUCUUCUUCGCCUCCCUUAAUCAACAACUCAAACGACAAUGCUAAAAUUCGUGUUACUGUGAUUAAGAAACACGAAACCGUUAUUGCGGCGCCACGUUCAAACCGAGGAGCAAAUUUGAACGGAACUUCGACUAUCAGUACCAGUAGAACUAUCAAAACCGAAGAAGUUGGCGUGUUUUAUGAUAUACGAGUCGACGCGGGUACGAUAGUGCAAAAGGUCAAUGGAAAGAAACACAGUAAAUCCAAAGCGACUCGAGAGCGUAACAAUCUUCAGUCAUAUAAGUCAGAACUUACGUGUAGACAAGAAGGUGCCGAUCCUACAAAAGUAAUAUUCAAGAGAGGUGCUCGUGUUCAUUGGACCGGAAAAGGAGAAACGUCAACAGCACCUACAUCUGACAUUCAAACUGCAUCAGAGAUUAGCAACGUUACCAUGAACCGAGACUUGACAUCGGAAAUUCAUUCGGGCAUUGGUGCUUCCGCUGACGAUGCUAAAUUCAUUCCCGCUACCGUGAGAUCGGAGCGCAUAAGAGAGGAAAUCUGUCCCGAAGAAGGGCGGGAAAAUUUUAACAUUAGGUGUUGUUAUAUGAUAAAGUUGGAGAAUGGGGAAGUGAAGAAGGUUGAAGAGGGACAGCUGCGUCAAAUUGCAAAGGAUCGAUAG